AUGGUUCGGUGCUCGUUAAAUUGCACGUUGAAUUGCAUGUUUAAUUGCAUGUCGAGUUGUGUGGUGGGUUGUGCAUUAAAACACGCGAGUCGGCGCAUGUCAAAUUGUGCAGUGCAGUGCGGCCAAUGUUUUGCGAUUCGCGUGUUCAAUCGUGGUGCGGUGCGGUGCAAUGCGGUGCAGUGCGGUGUGCACAACAAAGCGGUGCGCCCCGAUGCUCCGGGACACAUUGCGCGGGCCCAGAUGUUGUGCAGUGCAGUCCGGGACGAUGCGGUGCGGUUCACGGUCUGGUGUGCGGUCCAAAACGAAAAGAAAAAUACAAAAAAUGAUGAUGACGGCCGUCAAAUUGCGUGGUUCGGUGCACGUUAA